AUGACCACUUUACUACUAGCGUUUGUAUGUUUGCCUGUCAUCGCUGCAGCCACCUCUGUGGAAAUUUUAGAUCACAGUGGCACACUCAGUGUGAGCAUACCUUUAAGUGCUCCUCUGCGGGUUUCCCUGGGAAGAACUUUGACCAUUCCCUGCUACUUUAUCGACACUUUGGGGCCGGUCACCACAGCUCCCAACACCCCACCAGUGUCCCCAAGGAUCAAAUGGAGCAAACUAUCAGAAGGCAAAGAAGUUAGCCUUCUAGUGGCCAUGGACGGGCAGGUCCGGAUCAAUAGUGCCUACAAGGAGUCUAUCUCUCUACCCAAUUAUCCUUCCAUACCAACUGAUGCUACUCUGGAAAUCAAGACACUCCGAUCCAAUGACACUGGGAUCUACCGCUGUGAAGUCAUUCAUGGUAUUGAGGAUAGCCAGGACACUGUGGAGGUGAAAGUUAAAGGGAUCGUGUUCCAUUACAGAGCCAUCUCUACUCGCUACACGUUGAACUUUGAGAAGGCAAAGCAGGCAUGCAUCCAGAACAGCGCAGUCAUUGCAACUCCUGAGCAGCUCCAGGCUGCCUAUGAUGAUGGCUUUGACCAAUGCGAUGCUGGCUGGUUGUCUGAUCAAACUGUCAGAUACCCAAUGCACCACCCUCGGGAAGGUUGUUAUGGUGACAAGGAUGACUUUCCUGGAGUGAGAACAUAUGGUGUUCGAGAUACAGAUGAGACCUAUGAUGUCUAUUGUUAUGCACAGGAAAUGGAAGGCAAAGUCUUCUAUGCCACCUCGCCUGAGAAGUUCACCUUUUCAGAAGCAGCAGAGAAAUGCCAUAGUCUCGGGGCACGUUUGGCAACCACAGGAGAGUUAUAUCUGGCCUGGAAGGAUGGGAUGGAUGUUUGCAGUGCUGGCUGGCUGGCAGACCGCAGUGUCCGGUAUCCCAUCAACAAACCAAGUCCCAUCUGUGGUGGCAACCUGGUGGGCGUACGUACGGUGUAUCUUUACGUCAAUCAGACCGGGUAUCCUUACCCUCAUUCCCGCUACGAUGCCAUUUGCUACACUGAUGUUGGCAUUCAUGUCAUCCAUGACAAUAUUACAGAGGACUCUCUCGAAGGGUUGGGCAGUGGCUUCACCGUCCAGACAUUUACUCAGACAGAUAUUGAGCUGGAGCUUCCACGCAACACUACCGAAGAAGAAGCCCGAGGAAGCAUUGCAACCUUGGAACCCAUCGACUUUACUACCGCCACCUUAGAGGUGGAUGAAGCCAUCACAGAAACUCCAGAUCUCUUUCCAACAGGUUUCACGGGUGAAACAGAGAACAGGACUGAGAUUGGGAUCUGGGAGGACUUAGAAAACGGUACUAUCUCAACCCUGGAUACUCUCUUCCCCACCGAUAUCCCAGAAACAACAUCGGAGGAAUAUAGUUCAUGGUCUACUGCGACAACUGAAUCUGAGUCAGCCUCACCAUUUACAGUAGAAGAGCAAAUCGUGCCAGGGACAGCGGCUUCUCCUGUUGAUCAAGUCCCUCAGAAACCCACUUCUCCCACAGGUGUUGUUUUUCAUUACCGGCCAUCCACCAACAGAUAUUCCCUGAAUUUUGUUGAAGCUCAGCAAGCUUGCCUAAACAAUCACGCUGUUAUUGCUACUCCAGAACAACUACAGGCUGCCUAUGAAGAUGGGUACGAGCAGUGUGAUGCUGGCUGGCUGAACGACCAGACAGUCAGGUAUCCCAUUGUCAUUCCACGCAGCAAAUGUUCAGGAGACAAAGAGAACUCCCCUGGAGUGAGGUCGUAUGGUAUGCGCCCAGCAUCAGAAAAGUUUGAUGUCUACUGUUAUAUUGAAAGACUGAAAGGUGAGGUCUUCUUUGCAACUCAGACAGCACAAUUCACCUUCUUGGAAGCCCAAAGAUACUGUGAGAGUCAAAAUGCGACCAUGGCUUCCACUGGACAACUCUACGCUGCCUGGAGACUAGGCCAAGAUAACUGUCAGGCAAGCUGGUUGGCUGAUGGAAGCCUCCGAUAUCCCAUUGUUCAUCCCCGCCCUACCUGUGGUGGAGACAAGCCCGGUGUGAGAACGAUUUACUUGUACUCCAAUCAGACAGGAUUCCCUGACCCACAAUCGAAGCAUCACGUCUUUUGCUUCAGAGCAACACCAUCUUUGUAUGGGGAACAAGAAGAAGACUUAAUUACCGCCCAGACAGUCCCUGGUGUAGAAGAAGUUCCUUCUGGGGAAGAAACGUUUACCACUGAUUCUGACAAUCAAACUGAGUGGGGAACAGAUAUAUUUCCAACUGAUACAUCACUGUUAUCUGUGAGUCCACCAGCUGCGAGUCAAUCAACCAUUCUUCCCACUGAUGCCAUACCUGAUGAAACAAGUUCAGAAGCUCCAAUCACAGAGACAUCUGCUUCUGGUUGGACUUCUGGAGCCCCAGAGAUAACCGGAACAGUCGAACCUAGUGAAACGUCUUCAGGAUUUGGAGACUUCCCCUCUGGAGUCCCUGAAAUAAGUGGGUUGCCUUCUGGAGAAAGUGGGCUACCCUCAGGAGACCAAAGUGGCCUAUCUUCUGGGGUUAUUGAAGUCAGCACCUUACCUUCUGGAGAAGAAGAAGUGAUUAGUUCAGGAAUCCAAGAACCUGGGCUCCAGGAAGGCAAAGGGAUCCCAGAAUUUAGUGGGUCGCCUUCUGGAUUUAGUGGAGACCAUUCUGGUAUUGAUCCCAGUGGCUCACCCUCUGGAGAGUAUGAUUAUAGUGGUCUCACAUCUGCAUUUCCUACUGUGUCCCUGGUGAAUGCCACUUUGACGGAAGUUGUGACCACAGCAACAGAAAGGGAAAUGGAAGGGAAAGGGACAAUUGGGGUUAGUGGAGAUGGAGAUGUAUCAGGCUUCCCCUCUGUUGACUGGGAUGUUAGUGGCACAACCAGUGGAUUGCCCUCUGGAGCUGAUGCCUAUGGGACCACUGACCUCAGUGGGUUUUCUUCAGGAACUGAUAUCAGUGGGGAACCAUCCAGCACACCUGAUAUCGGUGAAUUACCAUCAGGACUUGACUUCAAUGGAACAUCUAUUGGGACACCUGAUCUAAGUGGCGAUGUCGAAUUAAGUGGCCAGCCUUCAGGUAUUGAUGGGAGUGGUGAGCCUUCAGGUGUUACCUUCAUUGAUACUAAAUUAUUUGAAGUGACAACUCCUUCGUCUAAAGAAGAAGAAGGGAAAGGAUUUGUAGAAAUAAGUGGAUUACCUUCAGGAGAGGAAGAUCUAUCAGGCACUACACCAGGAAUUUUAGAUGUCAGUGGUCAGCCUUCUUCUGGACAAGUGGACUUCAGUGGGUGGGCUUCAGGAGUUACUGAAGUCAGUGGACUUCCUAGUGGACUAACAGACAUUAGUGGAGAAAGCUCUGGCAUUGAACUUGUCAGUGGCAUUUCAUCUGGAACAUAUGAUUAUAGUGGUCUCACAUCAGGGUUUCCUACAGUUUCCCUUGUGGAUACAACUUUGGUGGAAGUCGUAACACAGCCCUCUGUUGCACAAGAAUUAGGAGAAGGGACAUCCAGGAUAUUAGAAAUAAGUGGGCUUCCUUCAGGACAGGAGGAAACAUCUGGAGCAUUGUAUGAUGUGACAACAUCUAGUGGAGUAUCAUCUGAGAAAGUUGACUUCAGCGGGACUUCCUCUGGCAUUCCAUAUUUUGGUAGAGAAAUUGAUGAUCUCACUGAUGUAAGUGGAGCAUCUUCAACCACAGCCAGUGCUAGUGGUGAUGUCUCUGGAAUCCCAGAAAUUAUCUUAAUAACUGAUUCCAUAGAAACAGUGACAAGACCAACAGUUCAACAGCAACUGAUUGGACAAACAGAGUCUUUCCAUUUUCAUGAACCCAGUGUGGAAGCCUCCGCAUCUGGGCCAGAAGUUUCUACCUAUCCUGAAAGUACCAUAUCACCCCCAGAAUAUCAUGAAAUCAGUAGCAAGGCAUCCACAUUUCAUGAAACUAGUGUAGAAACCCCUUUGUUUAAUGAAACAAGGGAUGAAACAUCAGUCUCAUCAAAAAGCCACCUAGAAACUUCAACCCAUUAUGAACCAGGUGGAGAAACAUCUUCAUUAUCUGAAAGCUACUCAGAAACAUCUGGGGCACCAUUCAUCAGUGGCUUACCCUCUGGGACUUAUGAUGAAAGGACUCAGUUUAAUGGAGACAGUUCAGGUCUAGCACCUGAGGCAGUGUCAGACACAUCAGAGAAAGUCUUUUUGACAGAUGUCCUACUUAGUACUAGCAGUCCAGGUGUUGAACUAACUCAACAUUCAAGGCUUCUAACAGAGACUCAGGCUGAGACAGAGACCAGUACAUAUCCAACUGCAGAGUUGGAAACAAUAGAUGCUGCUGCUCCAGUGAUUCCACUACCAUCACCAACUGCUACUCCUCUCCUUCCUAACAUUUCAUCGGAGAUGACUGAUGGGAUACAUCUUAUGACACAAGACAUUGAUGAGUGCCACUCCAACCCCUGUCUGAAUGGAGCGACCUGUGUCGAUGGCAUCCACACUUUCACAUGCUUAUGCCUUCCCAGUUACGGAGGGAGCCGCUGUGACAUUGAUCUGGCAGAAUGUGAAACAGGCUGGACUAAAUUUCAAGGUAACUGCUACAAGCAUUUUGAAGAGAAACUCACUUGGAUGGAGGCGGAGAAACUAUGCCGAAAACAUCAAUCCCACCUGAGCAGUAUCAUCACACCUGAAGAGCAAGAAUUUGUGAACAGCAAUGCACAGAACUACCAGUGGGUUGGGCUGAGUGACCGAGCUGUAGAAGAUGACUUCCGCUGGUCUGAUGGACAUUCUCUGCAAUAUGAGAACUGGCGACCUAACCAACCGGAUAACUUCUUUGCCAAAGACGAAGACUGUGUGGUCAUGAUCUGGCAUGAGAAGGGUGAAUGGAAUGAUGUGCCAUGCAAUUACCAUCUCCCGUUCACUUGCAAGAAAGGAACAGUUGCCUGUGGAGACCCUCCCGCAGUUGAGAAUGCCAGGCACUUUGGCAAGAAGAAAGACCGCUAUGAGAUCAACGCUAUGGUGCGCUACCAGUGCAGCCAGGGUUACCUACAGCGCCAUGUGCCUAUCAUCCGAUGCCAAUCAAAUGGGCAGUGGGAAGAGCCUCGGAUAGCCUGCAUAGACCCCUCCACCUAUAAGCGCAGACUACACAAGAGGAGCUCACGGGCUCGGUCAAGGACCAAUGGAAAGAUGACGGCAUGA